UGGCGGGGACGUCGUUUUAAGGAUAAAUGGCCAAGAAUUUCAGUGCAGGCGAAAAGAAUUAGCUAUGCGAAGUCCAUAUUUUGAAGCUAUGUUUACUCAUCGUUUUGUUGAAAAAGAUAAAAGAGUUAUUGAUAUGCAGUUGCAGGAAACUGUGCUAUUACCUUAUUGUCAGCCGUAGAGGCUUACACAAAGCAACAAGAAACACUUUGAUACUGUUUUACUUGCUUCUUCCUCGUGCAAGACAAGGAACAACUGCAAAUGUGGGAUUUCAGAAAUUGAAGUAGAAUGUGAUCCACCUUUAUGUGAUCAUCAGCCUUUUAGGUGCAAAAGAAGCGGACCGGUCGGCCCGCUAUUAAAAGUGUGGCGGUGACUUCGUAAGCCAUUUCCACAGCCAAGUGUUUGUCGCUACGAACACCGCCACAAAACUCAUAAUGAGGAAAUUCCUGUCUGGGAGGGUGUAGAACCUGAUGCUAUGGAAGUUGUACUGAAAUUUAUACAAACUAAUGAAAUUCCAUCUGAAAUUUUAAACUCGGGUAUGAUACUGUCAGUGCUUCAAGCCUCAAGUAUGCUGCAAUUUGAAGAUUUAAAAAAGACAUGUGUAAGACUGAUUGCUCAAGAAUGGUUAACAGUUGAAACUUGUUUACAAACAAUGCACAAAACAUAUGAGCUUGAUAUAAUUGAAUUAUACAAGAAAGCUAAAGCUUUUGCUUUAUGGGAGUUCUUCAAAGUGAAACUGUCACCAUCAUUUACUCAGCUUACGAUAGAACAGUUGGAAGACUAUUUAUCAAAUGAUGGUUUAAAUGUAAGAGAAGGAGAAUUUGAAGUUUUUGAGGCAGGAAUGAACUGGCUACAAGAGAAUCCAGAAAGAGCAGAAUAUACAUGCAGAGUUCUACAGUGUGUUAGGUUCUCACAGUUGAGUGGUUCAGACAUAAAGACUAUGCUCCUGUAUCCCAUAAGUUCUGCAGGGAACAAACUAUUGAGGUUAAUUUUGCACUUGAAAGAGGCAUGUGGACACUCAUCAGAUGAAGAAGCAGAAACUUCUACUGUACAUGAUUUAUCAUAUGAAGAUGAUAAACUUUCUGCUUCUGUAACUCUUUCCCAGAUCUCACAACCUUGUUCAAAAAAUAAUUCUCUGGAGUGUCAGAGUAUAUGCUGUUGUCUGAAACCAAUUGUACACACAUCAGAUGGAAAUUUUGAAAAAAGGGCAUCAAAUGAAGAUCUUGUGAAAAGUGUUAGUGACUUCAGUGAAGGGGAGAAGAAUGCUGAUGAUUUGGUUUCAGAAGAUUUAAACCCUGAAAUGAAGGAAAUUGCUGCUCAGUUGGUGAAUACUCCAGCCAGAUUUAUACCUCUUGUCCCAUGUAUUGUUGGACAUCGAGUGGUACAUGAAAACAGAAACCCUAUUAAAAGAAUAUAUGUUAUAUACUUUGAAGGGAGAAAGUUAAUGCAACCAAUGCCACUUCUGCACUUGUCAAAAAUCAAUGAAGGUGUACAUGAACCAGUUGGAUAUCAAGUUAUCAGCAGAGGAAGGGAGCUUUUCAUCAUUGGGGGUGAAUAUUUUAUGGGACACGCCAACUGGAACAAGUCUAUCUGGAAAUAUGAUAUAUUCAAAGAAGACUGGACAUAUGAAACAAGUUUACCAUCACCUAGAAGACAUCAUGCUGUGUGUUGUCUCAAUGAUGAAAUUUAUGUUAUUGGAGGUUUUGGGCGACAUAGAUUAAUAACAGCAUCUGUCACAAAAUACAAUGUUGUCACUAGAUCAUGGAUCGAGUGUUCAUCUCUUCCUCAGAAUAUGUACUCCGUGGCAUGCUGUGUUUAUCAAGGGUACAUUUUUGUGUUUGGUAUUGAAGUCUAUAUAUAUCACGUUGGAUCUGAUGUGUGGCAUACAUUCAGAGAGCCUCCAAUAACAAACAACAUGGCAUUCAAUAGUGCAAUGCCGUAUGAAGAAAGUAUAUAUCUUACAGGUGCCUAUUCAUGUGACCUGAUAAAAUUUUCGCCAUACAUUACAACAUCGGAGACAAGUGCAGAACAUGAAACUGUUGGAGCAUUUUAUAAUCAGCCUUCGGGAGCGUGCUUGAUCCAUGAUAAAAUAUAUGCUUUUUCAACUGAUGAAAGUGGACAUAUGUCUGUUGAAUUAUACGACAUCAAGAAGAAAUGUUUUCAGACAGUGUGGGAAGGCUGCGAAAAUGAAAUAUAUGGAAUUGUGGAUUUUAAUCCAAAAAGUAAUGUUGGUUGUUUCCCUAUGUGCCUGUAUUAAUGGCUGUGUUUCCACAUUUUUGGAGUCAUCACAAACAAGAUGGUGUGACCACAAAUAACUUGACUGGUGCACACAUUAAAUAUGUGCCUGUCACUCACACAAAAAGAAAAUUUCAAAGUGAUAAUGUUAUAUCUGUUAUACACUUUAUUGCUUGAGCUGUGUUCUGUAAGUUGGGUGAUGUGAUAUUUGUUUAGCAUUCAUAGUGUUUACUGCGGGGUCAUGGAAACAAUGUACCAUGGAGCAUUUUUACCUGGUUCUUUCUUCUACAUCAGUUAUGUUUAUGUGCUGCUUAGUGGUUGGUGUAUUACUGAUAUAGUUGCUAAUAAAGAGUCAUUGUCUACAAA